CAUAUCUGCCAACACGCCUGCGCGAGCGGGCGUGCUCCGGAAGCAGUUCUUUGGCCCUGUGACACGUAGCAACGGAAAAAUUUGCAAUGGCAGGGUUUGAUAACUUAAACACGGAUUUCUACCAGACAAGUUACAGCAUCGAUGACCAGUCACAGCAGUCCUAUGAUUAUGGAGGAAGUGGAGGACCCUAUAGCAAACAGUAUCCUGGCUAUGACUACUCGCAGCAAGGCCGAUUUGUCCCUCCCGACAUGAUGCAGCCACAACAGCCGUACACCGGGCAGAUUUUUCAGCCAACUCAGGCAUACACUCCAACGACACCUCAGACAUUCUAUGGAAACAACUUUGAGGAUGAGCCACCUUUAUUAGAAGGUAGGAUUAGUUGCAACAGUUCAUAG